AUGGACUUGGACAUUAUUAUACUUGGAGAACUAAAUUGCGACCUGCUGGCCUCUAGCCCUGAGACUAAAUCAUUGCGGGAAUUUAUCUCAACUUUCAACUUAAACCAGCUGGUUGAGAAACCUACAAGGAUUACUGAGACCACUAUAUCCCUCACUGAUGUCAUUAUGACUACAAAUAAGAACAUUGUAAGUCUCUGCGACGUCCUCUCCUGUUCUAUAAGUGACCGUCAUCUUGUCUACGUUGUCUUAACACUAAAAACUCCUGGACUUAAGCCCUCCUAUAUUACCAUCAGGAGUUACUCUAACUAUAAUGCAGAGCGCUUUCGUGAGGACCUGGCAUUCGUACCAUUCCACAUAAUUUCCAUGUUUGAUGAUCUCGACGAUCAGGUAGACACAUUUAACGCCAGUUUUUAG